UCUUCAUUUCUACAGGCAACAAAAUGGGCACUCAGCUCCACAUGUUCUUAUUCCCUUUCAUGGCGCGCGGACACAUGAUUCCCAUGGUCGACAUGGCCAAGUUGCUCGCAGCUCGCGGCGUCAAGGUCACCGUCGUCACGACCCCUCUCAAUUCCAUCGCCAUCUCUAACUCAAUCCACACUUCAAAAUCCCUCUCUGUUUCAAACAUUCAUCUUCUCAUCCUCAAAUUCCCCACUGCCGAAGUUGGUCUGCCGGAAGGUUGUGAAAAUGGCGACUCCGUUAUCGCUCCCGCCAUGUUUCCCAAAUUCAUCUCUGCUUUGAAUUUGCUUCAAACCCCAUUUGAAGAGGCUUUAAUGGAACACCGCCCCCAUUGCAUUGUCGCCGAUAUUCUCUUCCCUUGGGUCAACGAUGUCGCUGCUAAAUUUGGUAUCCCCAAGCUGAGCUUCCAUGGUACUUGUUUUUUCUCGUUCUGUGCUAUGGAGUUCGUGAGGAUUCACCAGCCUUAUAACCAUGUUUCAUCCGAUACAGAGCCUUUUCUCAUUCCUCAUCUCCCAGGGGAGAUUUCUUUCACGAAAUUGAAACUCCCCGACUUCAUACGGGAGGAUAUCAAAAGUGAUGUAACAGAUUUUCUUAAGACGGCCCUAGAGUCGGAUUCAACGUCUUAUGGAGCUAUUAUGAACAGUUUUUACGAGCUGGAAGCAGAGUAUGCAGAUUGCUAUAGAAAUGUGUUGGGAAGAAAGGCGUGGCAUAUUGGUCCACUUUCGUUGUGCAAUCAGGAAAUUGAAGAGAAAUCUCAGAGAGGAAAGGAAUCCGCCAUUGAUGAACACGAGUGCUUGAAAUGGCUUGACUCCAAAAAACCCAAUUCGGUUGUGUAUGUGUGUUUUGGAAGUAUGACGAAAUUCAGCUCCGAUCAGCUGAAAGAGAUUGCAAAUGGGCUUGAAGCUUGUGGGAAAGAUUUCAUAUGGGUUGUCCGGAAAGUGAACGGAGAGGACAAGGAAGAGGAUAAAAAAUGGCUGCCGGAGGGGUUCGAACAGAGGAUGGAAGGAAAAGGGUUGAUUAUAAGAGGAUGGGCGCCGCAGGUUCUGAUAUUGGAUCAUCCGGCGGUGGGUGGAUUUGUGACGCACUCCGGGUGGAAUUCGACGCUGGAAGGGAUAGCCGGCGGUGUUCCGAUGGUGACGUGGCCGGUGGCGGGGGAGCAGUUUUACAACGAGAAAUUAGUGACAGAGGUGUUGAGAAUUGGAGUUGGUGUUGGGGUUGAGAAAUGGGUGAGGAUUUUGGGGGAUUUCAUCAAAGGGGAAGGUGUGGAGAAGGCGAUAAGGAGAGUAAUGGAGGGGGAAGAAGCAGAGGAGAUGAGAAACAGAGUUAGAGAAUUGGGAGAGAUGGCGAGGAGAGCCGUUCUUGAAAAUGGAUCGUCCUAUUCCGACUUAGAUGCUUUGAUUACCGAAUUAAAAUUGAAGUUUAUCUAGUAUGGUUAUUAGGGUUUAGAUGAGUGGCCCAAUCUCUAGAAGUAAGGCCUAUGGCCCAACACAUGAAGUUGGGUUGAGGUGGACGGACUUCAU